ACAUAGACCAGGGCAAUGGAAGCCAGCAGUGCCACCGUGGCCAUGAGGCCCACUCUCCUGGUCAUCGCCUUCCUGUGCACCACGGCCUCGAUGGCCGACACCUGUCCAGAGGUGAAGGUGGUGGGUCUGGAGGGCUCCGACAAGCUCACCAUUCUCCGAGGCUGCCCAGGGCUGCCCGGAGCCCCAGGGCCCAAGGGAGAGGCGGGCGCCAACGGAGGGAGAGGAGAACGAGGUCCCCCCGGACCACCUGGGAAGGCAGGACCACCCGGGCCCAAAGCAGGACCUGAGGAUGGGGUUCCCGGGGCUCUGUCCAGCGAUGUCCCCAAAGCAGCGCACCUCAGGGGUGUGCAGGGCGGACGGGCCGUGCUCAGCGGACUAGACAUUCUCUGCAUCCGCAUCUCACUGUCCUGUCUCAUCUCAGGAGACCGAGGGGAAAGGGGACCGCGUGGAGAAAAAGGAGGAGCUGGGCAGUCUCCGUCAUGUGCUGCAGGACCGCGGACCUGCAAGGAGCUGCUCACCCGGGGGCACUUUCUGAGCGGCUGGCACACCAUCUACCUGCCCGACUGCCGGCCCCUGACUGUGCUGUGUGACAUGGACACGGACGGUGGGGGCUGGACCGUUUUCCAGCGGAGGGUGGACGGCUCCGUGGACUUCUAUCGGGACUGGGCCGCGUACAAGCGGGGCUUCGGCAGUCAGCUGGGGGAGUUCUGGCUGGGGAACGACAACAUUCACGCCCUGACCGCCCAGGGAACUAAUGAGCUUCGUGUAGACCUUGUGGACUUUGGGGGCGACCGCCAGUUUGCCAAGUACGCAUCAUUCAGGAUGGCGUCCGAGCUGGAGGAGUACAGGCUGGUCCUGGGGGCCUUUGUGGGGGGCAGUGCAGGCGAUUCUCUGACGUACCACAACAACCACUCGUUCUCCACCCAAGACCAAGACAAUGACAAAUCUACCCAAAACUGUGCUGAGCGGUACCAUGGAGCCUGGUGGCACUUCACUUGCCACCUGUCGAACCUGAAUGGUCGCUACCUUGGGGGGGCCCAUGACAGCUUUGCGGAUGGCAUCAACUGGAAGUCGGGAAGAGGAUACAACUACAGCUACAAGGUGUCAGAGAUGAAGGUGCGGCCCACCUAGCUGGGGGCUCCAAUCGGGAUGUGUCAGGAUGGCCAAAAGCGGAGCUGGUCCCUGAGCCCUCCAAAGGAAGGAACAUGGGAUCUUGGUCAUUGUCCUCAUGGGAAUGGAGGAGCUUCGACCCGUUCCCUGUGGGCCGGGACCCCAGAGCUUUGUGCCUUGCACAGACAUUCAACCCCUCCUCUCCCGUCUGCAAGCCUGCGAGUAACUCACAUGCCCCCUCGCCAACAAUCCAUGUCAUCAAUAGUCAUUUGCUUGCUUCGUAGGCAAACAUGGGACCCUGCUGUUGUUCAUGUUGCUCUGAUCCCUGGUCCCAUCCCAGUGUCUGUUUGUCUGUCAUUGCUUCCCCGUGGCCUGGCACUGCAGGUGGAUUAGAUGCCUUUGAGGCUGAGGAAGUUUCUGGUGGUCUAAGACAGGAGUCGGCAAAGCAGGGCCUGUUUGCAAAUAAAGCUUUAUUGGCACACA